GAGGGGCGGGACAGCUUUAGCUUGGUGCGUGCGCAGCCGGACGUGAGGCAGUUGGUGGUCUCCAUCGUCGAUUUCUGGUUACCUGAAAAGCAGCCGUUUAACCCCAAUCCUGGACCCUUCAGAGUUUAAGCCCACCCCGCUCCGGGUGCCCCGGACCUUAGGGUUCAGGAGGGGUGAGUCAGAAUUCAGCCGAAUUUACCAUGGGGGCUACCGAUCGCCGCAACGACCAUUCCCCAUGAUUGAUGAGGGUGAGGAAGUCACCGAGGAGACCUUGAAUUCUGACAUUCAGAAACUGAAGGAGAAGCAGGACAUGCUGGACAAGGAGAUCUCCCAGUUAAUAGCCGAGGGCUACCGUGUGAUUGAGCUGGAGCAGCACAUCUCCCUCCUCCAUGAGUACAAUGACAUCAAGGAUGUGUCACAGAUGCUGCUGGGCAAACUGGCUGUGACUCGAGGCGUUACCACCAAGGAGUUAUAUCCGGAUUUUGAUCUAAACCCAAAUGACUGAGCAGCUUCUCGGAGAUCUUCAUCUGCAGUCCACAGGGACAGGAGGAUGAAGGCAUAAAGGCAGAGAGCCCAGACAGUAUGUUCAUAUGAUAUCCAGAUUUAAAAAAUGCUAAAAGCCCUCCAGAGUUUGGAGUGGGUCCUAGAGAAGAGGGGUCUUGGGAGGGGUGGGUAUUGUCAGUGCUAGGAUUUCUAAACAUUUUGUGAGUGGAUUUGUUGUUGUCCCUUUUGUUAAUAAAUCUAUGAGCAAUCUG